ACUUAUCUGUGUUGGGCCAAAUUUUUCCUUGGAUGGAUAUUCAUAGCUCAGAAAAUCUCAGCGCUUAAACCUCAUUUAACAUUCCAGUAGAAGAGAGCUCUGAGAGAAAGAGAAAUGAGCGGAACUUCAAGUCUCUUUCAGUUAUGGCAAUUUCCUUCCUCAUCUCUGUUUUCUGGACGUUCUAAGCUCUCUAAAGGUCUGUACUUGGUGCCUGUGCGUGUAUUGUAUCCAGUGUCAUGCUUCUGUAAGCAAAUGCAGACUACUACUUAUGAAAUUGUGAAAGGAAGCUAUGUAGUAUCAAAUACACAGGACCAACAAGAAAAAAAGGAAAAAUUGGCGCCGGAGGUAGAAAAGAUAGGUGCAUUUCAAAAAUUACCGAUGGUGAUGCCAUCUGUAGAUAUUCUACAUUCAGCACUGAAGAAAGCAAAGAGGGUCUCGCCUACAAAGGGCAUUGUUAAUCUUGCAAAACGCGAGAGAAAUAGAGGCGCAAAACAACUUGACGCAUUAAUGAAGGAGAUAGCUGUGCCCUUGAGAACAUACAAGGAGAACUUCCCAAACAAAAGAUAUUUGCACCCUUAUGAACGAUCAUUGAUUGAGUUAACGCUUGGAGAUGGAAACUAUGAAGAGGUUUUAGGAAAGCUUGAAGCUUUAAGGAAAAGGGUGGUAUCAGUUGGAAAGGAACAUGCAUCAUUAUGUGCAAAGUCAUUAUCUAAACGAGAAGCAGAGGAGCGGUUGAAUGAGGGAAUGAAAAGAAUUGAGGAAAUUUUUGGUCGUGAUGGAAAAGCUGUUGAUGAACUAUUGAACAUUGCCAAGACAUUACGGGCAAUGCCAGUUAUCAAUCUGGAAACACCAACUCUUUGUCUCGUCGGUGCUCCCAAUGUUGGAAAAUCAUCUUUGGUUCGCGUACUUUCAACAGGGAAGCCUGAGAUCUGCAACUAUCCCUUCACAACUAGAGGAAUUCUGAUGGGUCAUAUUACUUUGAGCUACCAGAAUUUUCAGGUUACUGAUACCCCUGGUAUCUUAAGGAGAUCUGAUGAGGACAGGAAUAACUUGGAAAAGUUAACACUCGCUGUUCUCACUCAUUUGCCGACUGCAGUACUUUAUGUUCAUGAUUUAUCCGGAGAAUGUGGGAUGUCACCUUCUGAUCAGUUUUUGAUCUAUAAGGAAAUGAGAGAGAGGUUCAGUAGCCACAUUUGGCUUGAUAUCGUGUCCAAAUGUGACUUGCUGCAAGCAUCUCCUGUCAUCUUUGCAACAGAUGAAUGUAAUAUUGAUGACGUUGAGCUGGUGAGGUAUAGGACAAUGGGACCUGAUGGAGCGUUACAUGUGUCAGUCAAGAAUGAGAUUGGUCUUCAUGAGUUGAAGAAUAGAGUUCAUGAGCUGCUUGUUUCUCAAUCAGAGAGGAUCAGAAACCAAAAGAGCAAGGAGGAAGAGCUGGAAGUUUCAAGCUAGUUGGUUCUGUGACUUCCUAAAGAGAUUUCUGGCUGUAGCCGGGAUUUGGCUGCAAUUCUUUUGGGCCUGGUAAUUAGCUGAAUCUGAGUCGUGGUCUAUCAGAUACGUACAAUAUGUACCUUGGUGAUCUGUGCGAUUCUAACACACAUUUCCAGGUGCGAGAACACAACAUAUCUCUUGGUGGCUCAGGCAGUUGGACGAUGAGGUCCUCGUUUGCUUGCUUUAAAUCCCACCUCUUAAGAUACCCACAAAUCAUUUGUCUAAUGGGGCCGAUGGGGUUGCCAUAUCUCGCAUCCUAUUUCUUAGGCUCUUAGUUGUAUCCACUUUUGGAUAAGUUUUUGGUCAGUCAUUUAUGGAUGAUACUGAGAUGCAUUUGGAGGUUUAAAAGGUUAAAUUUCCAAAGCUCUAAUACUGAACCAUCUUAAAUUUACCAGUAGAAACUGAAUCUGACCUUCUCAUCAACGAAUAAGUGCUAUGUAAAGAUGAAGUUGAUGUACAUUACUCUUGGUUGAAAGAAGGAAAUCCUUGUUCCAGUAAAGAAGCUUAUUUUUUCCCCCUCA